GGAGCUGUAUAAAUCUCAUAAGAAUAAUUGAAGAGCACAUGUAAACCUGCUCCUUUGCCCUGUUUGGGUCGCCUCCCUCAUGACUUAACCCAAAUGUCGGGAAGCAGCUGUCAGUCAGAGGCUGUGUUUAAUCAUCUAUUGUUCCCCCCAUUAACCUGCCCACCUCAAAUCCCACCCCAGGCGGCUUCCCCAAAGAGAUAACCAAGCUCCACUGGCUUAAGCCUGGUGGUUUCUGCUGCCUACCUCAAGAGUCCCAAAGGCCAGCUGACACCCACUUUGGCAUAUUCUUGGAAGUCUCUCCUCUGUGCGUAUAGAACUUUCUGGAUGAGCAUGAACAUGUGAAGGUGUUCACAAAGAGAAAACUUCCCAGGACAAGUAGAAGGUGAGGCGAGAGCAUGGGACACCCACUAGCCAGAUAAUCCUCGCUGGAGUAACUGUGAAGUGUCUGAAUGUAGGCUGUGGCAGUCCUGAAGGUUGAUGGAGGGCCAUGCUCUUCAAACAGCAGGUGUGGCUGAGACAGAAGCUCCUGGUGCUGGGAAGCCUUGCUGUUGGGAGCCUGCUGUAUCUAGUUGCCAGAGUUGGGAGCUUGGAUAGGCUCCAGCCCAUUUGCCCUGUUGAAAACCGAUUGGGUGGCGCCCACAGUCAGGCUGAGUUCCCACUGCGGGCCAUGCAGUUUAAGAGAGGUCUUCUGCAUGAGUUCCGCAAGGGCAACUCUUCCAAGGAGCAGGUUCGCCUCCAUGACCUGGUCCAGCAGCUCCCCAAAGCCAUCAUCAUUGGGGUACGGAAAGGGGGCACUAGGGCCCUGCUAGAGAUGUUGAACCUCCAUCCUGCCGUGGUCAAAGCUUCUCAAGAGAUCCACUUCUUUGACAACGAUGAGAACUAUGCCAAGGGCAUUGAGUGGUACAGGAAAAAAAUGCCUUUUUCCUACCCUCAGCAAAUCACAAUUGAAAAGAGCCCGGCCUAUUUCAUCACAGAAGAGGUUCCGGAAAGGAUUUACAAAAUGAACUCAUCCAUCAAGCUGUUGAUCAUUGUCAGGGAGCCGACCACACGAGCGAUUUCUGAUUACACUCAGGUGCUAGAGGGGAAAGAGAGGAAGAACAAAACCUACUAUAAGUUCGAGAAGCUAGCCAUAGACCCUAAUACCUGCGAGGUGAACACGAAAUAUAAGGCGGUUAGGACCAGCAUCUACACGAAACAUCUGGAGCGCUGGCUGAAGUACUUUCCGAUUGAACAGUUCCACGUCGUGGAUGGAGACCGUCUCAUCACCGAGCCUCUGCCGGAACUGCAGCUCGUGGAGAAGUUCUUGAACCUUCCUCCGAGGAUAAGUCAGUACAAUUUAUAUUUCAACGCUACCAGAGGGUUUUACUGUUUGCGAUUUAACAUUAUCUUUAAUAAGUGCCUGGCGGGCAGCAAGGGGCGCAUCCAUCCAGAGGUAGACCCCUCCGUUGUUACCAAAUUGCGCAAGUUCUUUCAUCCCUUUAAUCAAAAAUUUUACCAGAUCACCGGGAGGACAUUGAACUGGCCCUAGAACAAUCCAUCACACAACACCGUGUGUUGUCCCCUGGAGAUAUGUGGCGUCUCCUCUAGAUUAAAAUACGCACUUUCCCAUACUCAGCUACCCAGUUCCUUUCUCCAUGAAUACUUGUACAUAUGCGGUGUGUGACCAAAUGCAAGAUCAAUUCUUUUUCUACUGAAAAUUUACAAAAGAGUGAACACUAAAUUGCUGCCUGCAGAGCUGCACCUUUGAAGCUAUUUACAAAAGAAGAGUAGAGGUGGUGGGACUGGGGGAAAGUGACUUCAGAUGAUCUCGAGUUAGUCUUCCUUGGAUUCAGAACUUGUCACCCGCCAUUUUCAUAGAUUUAAGCCAAAAGAUGAAUGUGUGAAAAUGUACCAAUGGCUACGAAGCAUCAGGAAGUAGAGGAUUCAGUUUUCUGGGUUUUUCGGGUUUUGUUUUGUUUUCUUGGUUUUUGUUUCUUGUUUGGUUGUCCUACAGUGAAGCUGGCUCUUUAACACAGAUACCGGAUUGGUGCCAUAAAAACAAGAAUAUGCUUUUUUUUUGUUAUUUAAAAGAAUGUCUUAUCUCAUAAAAUUGACGUUGUUCCAAAGUUCCUGUGGUGAUUUUGCACUAUUGUUUCCUUGUAUGGACCAUGGUGUCAUUUGUAGCAUGUCAAUCGCGUGCUGGAGAGUCAAGUCCUUUUCCUUCCGUGUCUAUGUCAACACAGAGAAAUGUCCUGUACAUACUGUAAAUGUUGUAAAUAUCAGUUUCACACUAAGUAAUUCUAUUUUGUAAACUGAAUAUGGCUAUUUAAUUUAUUGUGAAAAUUAAAU